AUGUUCAACUUCAAGAAGGAGGUGUUCGACCACCGGCAGGGGUCGAUGAUCGACGGCCGGACGGUGUCGCGGGUGGCGCCGUGCCCGGGUUCGCCGCAGCUGCGGGUGGACCUCGCCGCGGCCGACGACGUCACGCUCACGGCCUGCAAAGUCACCCGCACCAGCCCCCUCCUCUCCGUCCACUCCAAGACCUCCAUCCUGUACGAGCUGGAAGUGACCACCUCGCAGGGCGUCUACUACAUUGACCGCACCUUUGAGGAGCUCGCCGAACUGAACACCGUGCUCAAGGACCUGCCGACCCUCAAGAAGACGAAGAGCGUCCGCGGAGCCCUGAAGAAGCCGAACAAGCCCAAGAGCAUGGACAAGCACCGCCAGAAGUGGAACGAACGGUUCGAGGCCUACAUCAAACAGGCCAGCCAAGCGGCCAUUCUUCGCACCAUGCUCGCUCCACGCUCCAAGCCGCGGCACCUGCUGUUCAUUGACAUUAUCGAGGCGCGCAACCUGGUCUCCACCGACAUGAACGGCAAGAGUGACCCCUACCUGCGCGUGUCCAUGGUGGACGUCCAUGGCAAGGUGAUUGGCCAGCCGGCUCUGACUCCCGUGGUCCACAAAUCGAGAACUCACUGGUCUCGCAUCCACAGUGAGCUGGACGACUCCGUGGACUCGGUGACGCUGUCGUGCUGGGAUCACGACCGAAUCUCGCGCGACGACUUCAUGGGCCGCAUCAUGCUCAAGAAGCGCGACAUUCCGCACAACACGGAGGUGCGGAGGUGGUUCCCGCUUCACCCGAGCAAAUCGCGCCAGAACUCGGUGCACGGGGAGGUCCUGCUGCGCAUCCACUACAAGACCCAGAUUCCGGGCGGAUCGACCUCGACGUCAAGCCCAACGAAGAGCUCAACGACGAGGCCAUCGCAGCCUGCAAGUACGAACCUCGAUAUUCCUAUGCGCGACUGCGCUGUGGCUGAGCGCGAGCGGCGGCAGCGCAAGAGGGAGAAGCAUCGGUUCGCCGGUGAGCUGCACAUUAAGACGCUCUACAAUCCGCCGUUGGGCAACUGGGGCGGAUACCUCACCAUCACCGUCGUGGAGGCCCGCAAGCUGCUUGCGCUGGACUCGGGCGGAACCUCCGACCCGUACUGCGUGCUCUCCCUCAACGGAAAACGGUUCCGCACCAAGAAGGUCACCAACUCGCUGGACCCGACCUGGGGCGAGACGUUCUACUAUCACAUACCGGCCGGCUCGGUGGAGGGGCUCGCCGUCGAAGUCGACGUGUACGACUGGGACGUCGUGGGCAAGUCCGAGGCGAUCGGAGACGCGAGCAUCCGCGUGGAGGAGCUGAGCGAGGGCUUCGACGAGAAGUGGAUCACCCUGGUGGCUCCCCCGCCCACGCAAGACGGGCUCGACAAGAAAAUCGGCAGGCGAAUGGCCGAGGAGGGCUGGGCGCCCAAUCUGCCCAUCAUCCUGGUGCCCGGCUUCGGGUCGACGAGCUUGGAGGUGGUGGAGGGCUACGAGAAGUGGAAGGGCCAGCGGGUGUGGCUCUCCCUCUCCAAGAUCAGCCGCGAGGCCCUCUCAUUCCGGUCUGGAAGAGCGACGCGAAGGCUGGAUGUGAAUGGCAAGACGAUCACGGGCGACUUCGAGGCCAUCGAGCUGGAGGAGGAGUGGGAGGACGCCGAGGCGCGUCUCGCCUCGCUCGGCAUGUCGCUCGGGUCGUCGACGACGUCGAUGGAGACCACCGCCGUCUCUGCUGUCGACCCGGCCGUCGAGCGGGCCUUCAAGAACCGCUGGAUUCAGCACCUGUGCCUGCAGGAGGACGGCAUCUCCGACCCCGAAGGUAUCAAGGUGAGGCCGGUCAAGGGAGUAGAGGCGGUCACCUAUCUCGACCCGGGCGCUCUCACAGCGCCGCUCUCCUACGGAAGGAAAGUGGCCCUGACCCAGCCCGUCAACUGCGCAAAACAGGUGAUGGGUCCGCUGGUCGAGAACCUCCAACAGCUCGGCUACGUCUACGGCGACAAUCUCCUGGCCGCCGGCUACGAUUGGCGUCUGCCGCUGCACCACCUCGAGGAGCGCGACGGCUAUUUCACGCAGCUCAAGCAGGACAUUCAGGACAUGUGCGUUCGCAACAAUUCGCCCGUGGUGCUCAUGGGCCACAGCAUGGGCAACCGCGUCAUCCAGUACUUCCUCAACUGGGUGUGCCACACCGACCCCACCAACGGACGCAAGUGGAUCUCCACCAAUGUGCACACGUUCGUCGCCGUGGGUGCGCCGUGGCUGGGCGCCUCGAAGACAAUUCGCGCCCUGGCGACGGGCGAGAAGUUCGGGCUCGACGCCUUCCUCACCGACGUCGAAGCCAUCACCUUCGGCCACCGCAUUUCGUCGACCGCGUGCCUGCUCCCGGUGGGCUGCGAGAAGCUGCACCACCACCUCACGUCCGGCCUCGAGUCGUUCACGCACCUGAACGACGCGGUGGACGCCUGCCCGAAGCCGAUGCACUUCCGCGACUUCCUCACCUCCGAAGUCGCUGCUCACGGGCCGAUGAUGUUCUAUGAGGAGUACAUGCGCAAGAAUCCGCUCUUCGGAGGCGAGCACAAGGACGAAUACAUUCUCAAGCCUCCGCCUGUCGACCGCCUCUACGCCAUCUACGGCGUCAACUUGGAGACGGAGAUAGGCUACGUGUUCAAGCGCGACGCGGCCGGCUGCAUUGUGUUGGACGACUCGAUCUCCAAGGCGCAGCGGACCCAGCUUGAGUCCGAGGGCUUUGCCGUGAAGAAGGGCAUUGUGUGGGAGACCCCGCGCACCAAGCAAGGAAUCGUGCGCGAGUUGACCGGCGUCGACGCUCACAUCUGCGGUGACGGCACUGUGACGUACGCGUCGUUGAAUCACUGCGCGCGCUGGCGCAAUGAGAUCCCGAAGCUCAAGAUCGAAGAGCUCGAGGGAGCCGAACACAGGCAGGUCCUCGCCAACCGCCUCUUCUUCAAAAAGCUGAUCGAGUACAUCGCCGAACGGAACAUUAUCGGCAACCACUUCGAUCUCGGCAAGCUGGCGGGUCGGCUCAAGCUCCGCUCGGACCAGUUCCUGGGUCUCGACGACGUCAACGACGGCGACGAGAUCGCCGAGGGCGGCUCGCCCAAGGCCCCGUCCCCCUGA